UUCGAUGUCAAAGGCUCUGUUGUUUCUCUCUUUUUCUCUCAGAUCCCAAAAUGCCGAGCCAAGUGUUUGAAGAAAUGUUCAGAUAAUCAAAAGCCCUCUCUCUCUGGCCGGUGAGGUUACAGUCAAAUGGACAAGAAGGGUAACAUCCUGAUGCAAAGGUACGAGCUUGGGCGAAUGCUUGGGCAGGGCACCUUCGCUAAGGUCUACCAUGCCCGGAACCUCAGAACCAACCAGAACGUUGCCAUUAAGGUGAUCGACAAGGAGAAGAUCCUAAAGGUGGGCCUCAUCGAUCAAAUCAAGCGAGAGAUAUCCGUUAUGAGGCUUGUCCAACACCCAAACGUGGUUCAGCUGUACGAGGUCAUGGCAAGCAAGACCAAGAUCUAUUUCACCAUGGAAUACGUUAAAGGUGGGGAGCUCUUCAAUAAAAUUGCAAGAGGGAAGCUUAAAGAAGAUGCAGCACGCAAAUACUUCCAACAAUUGAUCGGUGCCGUCGAUUUCUGCCAUAGCAGAGGUGUUUACCACCGUGAUCUCAAGCCGGAAAAUCUUCUCCUGGACGAGAAUGGAAACCUAAAAGUCACCGAUUUCGGACUCAGCGCCCUCGGCGAGUCCGUCUGGAACGACGGUCUCCUCCACACAACGUGUGGAACACCGGCGUAUGUCGCACCGGAGGUCAUCAACAAGAAGGGUUAUGAUGGUGCCAAGGCAGAUAUAUGGUCCUGUGGUGUCGUGCUGUUUGUGCUAUUGGCAGGGUAUCUACCAUUCCAAGAUUCAAACCUCAUGGAAAUGUAUAGGAAGAUAAGUAAAGGAGAAUUCAAAUGCCCCAACUGGUUCUCAUCAGAGGUUCGAAAGCUUCUUUCAAGAAUUCUAGAUCCCAAUCCUCAUACAAGGGUAACAAUUGCUAAGAUUAUGGAGAAUCCAUGGUUCAAGAAGGGAUAUAAACCAGUGGAGCACCCACAACCACAAGAAGAAGAGGAGGACAAGAUAGCUAUUGACGUUCAGAAGGCAUUUUCUCAAGACUCCACCACCGAUCAUGCUAGUUCUUCUUCUUCUUCUAAGAAGAAAGAAGGGACAACAUACCCCAUGAAACCAACUUGUAUGAAUGCGUUUGAUAUCAUAUCUCUGUCUCAAGGGUUCGACCUAUCUAGGCUUUUUGAGAAGGACAAGAAUCACAAGCCAGAGUCUCGGUUCACAUCGAUGAAGCCGGCAUCGGCAAUUGUGUCGAAAUUAGAAGAGAUUGCAGAGAAUGAGAGCUUUAAGGUGAAGAAGAAGGAUGGGUUGGUGAAGUUACAGGGGAACAAGGAAGGGAGGAAGGGACAACUAUCCAUAAACGCUGAAAUCUUCGAGGUUACACCAUCGUUCCACAUGGUGGAAGUGAAAAAGGCGUCAGGGGAUACAUUGGAGUAUCACGAGUUCUGUAACCAGGAAUUGAAGCCUUCCCUAAAGGAUAUCGUAUGGGCUUGGCAAGGAGGGGAACAACCACCGCAUCAACUGCAUCAACCACAACCUGCUUAGUAGUUAAGGGUUGGAGUAUUGGAAGGGCU